UGGUGGACGUUAAUAUGCGAUCGAAAGCUUACGGUUAGGAAAGAAAAGGGUGUGUGUCUGCUUACCUGAGGUGGAUUCACCAUCAAUGGCGAUUGCUGCAGCGGCGACGGCGACCACCUCCUUUACUACUUCAUCAUCUCCCUUCCGCCGCCUGCUUCCUAAACCUAAUAAACCUUCUAGGUUCCUCGCUAUGGCGCCCAAAAAGGUGAAUAAGUACGACGAUGGAUGGAAGAAACAAUGGUACGGCGCCGGUCUAUUUUACGAAGGAAGUGAACAAAUCGCAGUUGAUGUAUUCAAAAAGAUUGAGAAGAAGAAACUCCUCAGUAACGUUGAAAAGGCAGGGAUUCUGUCCAAGGCGGAGGGACUCGGUUUGACUCUUUCGUCUAUCGAGAAGCUUGGGAUUUUCUCCAAGGCGGAGGAUCUCGGUCUUCUUAGUCUCUUAGAGAAGGUCGUUGGAUACUCGCCUGCGGCGUUGGCAUCUGCUUCACUUCCUUUAUUGGUUGCGGCGAUCGUGGCGGUUGUUUUGAUUCCGGAUGAUUCGUCGGUGCUGGUGGCUGCGCAGGCGGUGGUCGCGGGGACGUUUGCGAUCGGAGCGGUUGGAUUGUUGAUUGGCUCGGUUGUAUUGGAUGGUUUACAGGAGGCCGAUUGAUUGAUUGAUUUUUGUCAUUUUAAUUAUUUGUAUGAAUGAAUAAUUUAUAGUAUUUGAAUGAUGUAACAAUAAAUGUAAGAUCUUAUAUUAAAAUUAUAAAUUGAAAUUUAGCAAAAUUUGUCUUUAAC